AUGGUCCGAUCCACCGGCCUAUCAGAGGUCCUCUCGGUCGGUCCCGUCCUCGACCUAGCCCUCUCAAAGACUCUUGGCCACUCCGACUCUGCCGUGUCUACCUUGUUACUUAUACCUCUCAACCACAGGCUUCUGCUAGUCAGUCAUCGGUAUCAGUUCGAUAUCCGGCACUAUUUGCUGGUAAUUUGCUGGUUGUCCUGCUUCGUCCAUGCGGCGUUACCUUGCGCCAAGCUUGUCCGUCUGCUAGCUCUUUAUCCCCCUGGCAACAUGUCUUCGCACCUGUCCAUUCGGGAAGGUGAAGCAACACCCAAGCAACACCACCAUGGAGAACACGCCAACCAUCUCGCCAAUCAACGCGGCCGCCUGGGUCACCACGUUGCUGAUUACAGCAAGUGGGACAGCGAGGUUUUGUAA